UCCGCUCUAGGGGCCCUAAAAGGAAUCUCCCCUGUGCUCUGUUGAACUGAACUUGCUCUGCUGGAGGACCUGCACUCCGCUAUGGCAGCCUUGAUGGGACAUGGAAACACAUUUCCCCUCUCAUCUCCCUCCUCUCAUCUUUGGACUUUCUUCUUUGGGGCUGUGUUCACUCUCUUCAGUCAAGUCUUGUGCUUCAACCUGGACACGACUCACACACUCCACAAGUUAGGAGACCGGGGCACCUUUUUUGGUUUCUCUGUGGCACUUCACCAGCAGCUCAACCCAGAGUCUCAGAGCUGGAUCCUUGUGGGGGCACCGCAGGCAGCCGGACAGGGCCUGCUGAGGGGAAGUCGACCAGGAGCUCUGUUCAGAUGUCCAAUCACACCGGAGGAGUACGACUGUGAGAGGGUUGACAUCGAUGAAGACAUAAAUCUUGACAGAGAGAGUAAAGACAACCAGUGGCUCGGAGUUACCGUCAAAAGUCAGGGGAUUGGAGGCAAGGUGGUGACCUGUGCUCACCUGUACGAGCUGAGGCAGCGUGUGAGUCAAUCUUCUGAGACUCGAGAUCCCAUCGGACGCUGCUACGUCCUCAGUGAUGACCUGUCGAAGCGAGACGACCUGGAUGGAGGAGAAUGGAAGUUCUGCGAGGGUCGGCCGCAGGGACACGAGCAGUUUGGGUUCUGUCAGCAGGGCCUGUCUGUCAGUUUCACUCCGGACAAUAACUUCAUUCUGUUUGGGGCUCCAGGAACGUACAACUGGAAAGGUGAGAUGCAAGUCCAGCUCCUGAACCAGACUCUGUUGGAGCUUGGUUUCUAUGACGACGGCCCGUACGAGGUGGCAGAUCACAAAGAGCAUAAUGCCAGGCUCAUCCCUGUGCCUAACCACAGUUACCUGGGAUUUUCUGUAGACUCGGCUAUGGGAAUAAUGAGCCUCGGGGAGCUGACCUUUGUGGCCGGUGCACCUCGAGCCAAUCACACAGGAGCUGUGGUGCUGCUGAGGAAGGACAACGUGCACCGACUGGUGCCGCAGCACAUCUUCUGGGGGGAGGAGCUGGCAUCCUCUUUUGGGUAUUCAGUGGUGACGGCAGAUCUCAACAACGACGGUUGGACAGAUUUGAUUGUUGGAGCUCCAAACUUUUUUGACCGUAAAGCAGAGAUCGGUGGAGCUGUGUACGUCUAUCUAAACCCUUUCGGUCACUGGGACGAUCAGGCUCGACCGAUCCGCCUCAAUGGGACGUACGACUCCAUGUUUGGGAUGACAGUCAGCAACGUUGGAGACCUCGAUCAGGAUGGAUAUGGAGAUAUUGCUGUGGGAGCUCCGUUUGAUGAAGAUGGAAAAGUUUUCAUCUACAGAGGCUCCGAUGCUGGAAUUGAGACUAAACCUGCUCAGGUUCUGGAUGGCCAUGACUUCGAUGUGAGGCGUUUUGGAUAUUCCAUCUCAGGGGGGUUGGAUAUAGAUGAAAACCACUAUCCAGAUGUAGCAGUCGGUUCUCUUAACGAUUCAGUGGUUCUCUUCAGGUCUCGCCCAGUCAUCCAUGUGAUCAGAGACAUAUCAAUUGACCCUCAAUACAUUGAUCUGCAGCAUUUAAACUGCAAGGAAAGAGAUGGAGUCUGUGUUGAAGUUAAGGCCUGCUUCACCUUCACAGCCUACCCAGAACACUAUUCACCACAUAUGACCCUUGUGGUGAACUUUGAAGCCGACACCGAACGCAGGAAGCUGGGCCUCCCGCACCGUGUUAACUUCCUGGGUCGUAGUUCACUGGAGCCUGAGUACACACAGACCGAAGAAGUGGAGCUUCAUCGGCAGCGUCACCCUGUGUGCACCACCGCCAUCUUCCAGCUGCACGACAACAUUCGUGACAAACUGCGGCCCAUAUCGUUAGCGAUCACCCACACUAUCAAACCUGUGCCACCUCGCAGACACUCUGGCAAAAGACCGCAAAGGCUACCUCCUGUACUCAAUCUCACCCCAUCAAACACCCUGCACUCUGAGGUGAACUUCCUGAGAGAAGGAUGUGGCAGCGACAAAAUCUGUCAGAGCAAUCUGAAGCUGAGCUACCAGUUUGGGACACGACCUCUGAACUCUGACCUCUUCAUCGCUCUGCCAAGAGAUGAGGACGGCUUGCAGGUAUUUUCCUUGUCGGACCAGAAACUGGUGGUGCUGGAGAUCACCGUCACCAACAUGCCCUCUGACCCUCUCCAGCCUGAGGAGGACGGUGAUGAUGCUCAUGCUGCUCAGCUGCUCAUCAGUCUCCCAAAUAUGCUGUCAUAUUCCGGCUCUAGGGUCCCAUCACAGAUGAGAUGUCAAGCAAACCAGAACGGCUCCCAAGUUGAAUGUGAUCUGGGAAACCCUGUCAAAAGAAAUACAAAGCUACAAUUCACCAUCAACCUGAGCACAGCAAACAUUACCACAGAGACGACCGAGUUAACUGCAGAUCUGCAGCUCUCCACUAUUAGUGAGCAGCCUGACCUGGACCCCAUCACAGCUUUGGCUAAAGUUGUGAUAGAGCUCCCUCUGUCUGUCAGUGGACUGGCUCGUCCUCACCAGCUGUUCUUCAGCGGGACAGUGAAGGGGGAGAGCGCCAUGACCAGUCUGGAGGACAUCGGCAGCCCUGUGGAGUUAGAGUUUGUGGUUUCAAAUCCUGGCAAAGCUCUCCAGACGCUUGGCUCUGCCUUCCUCAACAUCAUGUGGCCCAAUGAGCUGGCUAACGGAAAGUGGCUCCUCUAUCCUGGAAGCAUGAAGUUUGCCGACCACCCAGAGACUCAGUGCACUCCAAAAGAAGCCUUGAAUCCUCUGAAGCUAAAGAGCACCUCACAUGCAAACAAUUCACAAGCUGCUGGUCAGAAGCAGUUGGGCAGAAGUCGUCGUUCCUAUCCAGAGGAAGAAGAUCAGGUGAUGACAAAAGGCAGCGCGGGGCGAACCACUCCAGCUGUGGCAGCUUCAGAGAGACGCAAGUCGCUCAAACUGGAUUGUCUCCUGGGGUCGGCACGCUGCAUUCUGUUCCAGUGUCCUCUCCAUAGCUUCACUGGUCAGGCUGUCCUCAACAUACAUGCCAGGCUGUGGAAAAGCAGCUUCAUCGAGGAUUUCCCAGCAGUCAGUGCUCUGGAGCUGCUGGUCAGAGCCAACAUCACUGUCAGGUCCAGCAUCAAACACCUGGUCCUCAGGGAUGCAAUGACACAGAUUCCAGUGAUGAUCUACCCAGAGUUGGGUCUUGCUGAUCAGUACUGGAUCCCCUGGUGGAUCAUCUUAAUAGCCAUCUUGGCAGGCAUCCUGCUGCUGACUCUCCUUGUAUGCAUACUGUGGAAGUGCGGCUUCUUUCGACGCAGCCACUACAAAGACAAACUUCCUCAGUACCACGCGGUGAAGAUUCCUCGUGAGCAUCGGCCCCAAUUCCAGACCGAGAAGUCUGGAAGUGUCCACAAAAAGGAAUGGGCCACGCACUGGAGUGACGGGACCUUGUAACUUUUGAAGCACUGUUUGGCUUGAACAAAUGUGUGGCACUCACUGUAACUAACUGACUUAAAAAAAAA